GCAGUGGCUUCACUUUCCGAGACUCCGGGCGGCCGCACGCAGCAGCCGCGGGCGGCGAAGGUCGGGAGCCGGGGCCGGAUCGGCUGUAGGGGUGGCGGCGUCGGCGCUGAGGCUGAGUCACUGAUGUUUGACUCUUUGAUCCAGGAUUCGCAAUGUCCACGGAGGCACAGAGAGUCGAUGACAGUCCAAGCACUAGUGGAGGAAGCUCUGAUGGCGACCAGCGUGAAAGUUUGCAGCAGGAGCCAGAAAGAGAACAAGCGCAGCCUAAGAAGAAAGAAGGGAAAAUAUCGAGUAAGACAGCUGCUAAAUUGUCAACGAGUGCUAAGAGAAUUCAGAAGGAACUUGCAGAAAUUACCUUGGAUCCUCCUCCCAACUGUAGGAACCCCAGCCCCAUCAUGGGGAAGGUCCCACCAGUGCGAAGGCCCCACAUGCGAUUCCCUCCCCUAGUGAGGGAAUGUAGCCCUGAAGAGGAGCACUCCUGCCCACUCAGCCUACUGCUGCCACUGCUUCCCUGCCACGUUACCUUCCGAACAAGAAUCUACCACUGUAAUAUAAACAGCCAGGGAGUUAUCUGUCUGGACAUUCUGAAAGACAACUGGAGUCCAGCUCUGACUAUUUCUAAAGUUCUCCUCUCCAUCUGCUCACUCCUCACAGACUGCAAUCCUGCUGACCCUCUGGUGGGGAGCAUCGCCACACAGUACAUGACCAACAGAGCAGAGCAUGACCGGAUGGCAAGACAGUGGACCAAGCGGUACGCCACAUAGGUAGGGGCUUGCUGCCGCCUGUGCCCUGCCCGCUGGACCUGUGCAAGCACAUUCACCAAGUGCAUCGAUAGCCCUGCCCACCCUCUGGACCUCGGUUCCUAUGUUCCUAUUUUUAUUAAAUCUUGAACCGUUUUAUGAUGGUAUGUCACCACCACCCCUUCCCUCCUUUCUCCCUUCUCCUAUCCCCCUCUCAUUUUACUCCCUUUUUGAUUUCUAUUAACUUGGAAGUUUGGGGAUUUUUACUCCAUCUUAACUUGGAUGGGAAUUUUUUUGUUUUCAGUGCAAAAACUGUUGGAUGUGUCUCAGUAAGAGCUUAUAAAAGCUUUGUAUUACUAUGUGGUUUUGUUUUUUUUGUUGUUUCAUUUUGAUUUUUUUUUCCUUUUAUGUGAUCUUUGGGAAAACACAAAUUCAGAAGUAUAUCUCGUUUCUACUUAAGUGUAUUGCUUAGGGUUAAGUUUUUUUGUACUGAAGUCUUUAUUGGUGGGUGCAUGCUACUGGGAACAAGUUUUGUACAAAAGCUUCCAUCAGAAUCACUGUGCAUUACUGAGACUCUGUUUAUCACUAGCUUUCUGCUCCCCUGCCCCACCCCCGCCUUCUGAAGACUGUUUGGACUGAACAAAAUAAUAUGUAUUUUGAUUUACUUAAAGUGCUUGUAAAUUUCUUAGGGACCUGCCACUUUUGACUGUGGAUCAGUUGCUGUGCACUUGUAUUAUUAAAGCACUCAAUAAAUCACUGUGGCUGAUAAAUAAAUGCA